UUGACUCUCGGUGCCUCUCACUUCGUUUGCAGAGACGGCGGAGACGCAGUGCACGCACGCCUUCCGGCGCCUUGCGUCAGUGCGGCCUGACCUCCAGACGCACGCGGAAACAAUACGAUAUGAUGCCACACAGAAAUAACAUUAGAACAGCUUCACAGAGGUCUAAAACGAGCCUUUCAAAAGCUUAAGUGGACAGAAAGAGCUCAACAUCACAGAUAUGAAGAUUCUCCAGAUACAUAGACCAGCGGGUGUGAUGGUAUGGAGACCAUGCAGAACUGAGUCUUUCCUGACUCUUCUCAUUUAUCUGGGCUGUGUCACUCCCCUUCACAUUGGUCCGAUGAUAUCAAGCCCACGCUCGGCCUUCUCUGCCACACGUAGCAGCAGUGCGCUGGGUGGCACUCACCGAACCGUGACCUUUGACCGGCUCCUUGUCAACAUUGGUGAUGACUUCAACCCAGAUACAGGUCGUCUCCGUUGCCGCUUUCCGGGCGCAUACUACUUCUCAUUUACAGUUGAAAAGUUUCCAGAAAAGAUGCUGUCGGUCAUGUUGGUGAAGAACGGUUUGGAGGUGCAGGCCAUGGCGUACGACGGAUACAGGAACCAGGGCCGCAAAGUGCACAGUCAAAGUGUCCUGAUCAGUCUGAAGCUCAUAGACACGGUUUACCUGCUGCUUCAGGAGAGCCCCAACUAUGCCAUCUACAGCAACGUCGGACCGUACAUCACGUUUAGCGGUUAUCUGGUCUACCCAGAAUCCACAUCCUCUGUUGGGUAUCUCAAUAACCACCUGUCUCCUCCAGGGCUCCAUCUUCCAGGUUGUCCUCCCCCUGUAGACCCUCAAUAUAACUGGAGAAGAAGAGGAGCCCAUGAGGAACCACGCUCUGCCUUUUCUGUCGCGAGGACAUCAUCUGCACUGGGGAAAAGCAAAGGCCGUCGGGAGAGAGAAGCUCUCACAUUUGACGUGGAGUACGUGAACAUAGGUGGCCAUUUUAACAAAACAUCAGGACGUUUCACCUGCCACUUUCCAGGUGCGUAUUACUUCGCGUUCACAGUGGGAAAGCACCCUCGCCGGGCAGUGUCGGUGAAACUGAUGACAGGAAGAGAAGUGAAGGCCAUGGUGUUCGAUGAAGACACGUCUCGGAGGAGAGAGAUGCAAAGUCAGAGUCUACUGUUGCCACUGAGGAGAGGAGAAACCGUCUGGCUGUACAGUCAACAGGAUGAGGGCUAUGCCGUUUACAGCAACCAGGGACGCUACACAACCUUCUCUGGUUUUCUCGUCUACCCUGAUAGUGAAUCAUUAGACCGAAAUUUCUCUUGAGACCCUGAGCCAGCUGUAGCGCUAAAUGAUUAAUGUGUGUUUUUUAACCCUUUGUUUUUGUACUAAAAGUGUCAAUGGUUGCAUUCCUCUUGCUAAUGUUGUGUGUUUUUAUACAUUAGUAAAAUAUAUAACUUAAUAUUCAUUACUGUAUUCAUGUCAGGUACUUAUUCAGUGUAAUUGAUUACAUGUACUUGUAUGUCAAAAAAGAUUAUAAUGUAAAGAAUAUUGUUUCAUUCUUGGAUAACCUUUAAUAAGCACAGUGAUAACUUUCAGUAAUAACAUAAAAUAAAAAUAAAUCAUUUACAAAUCAUUCUACAUAAUGUAAAGAACGUUCUUUCUCUUUAAUACUGACUGAUUACCAUGUCAAAGAUUGAAAUUAAUGUUUAGAAAGCCAACUUUUGGUAUUUUUUUAUAUUAUAAUAAUAAUCAAAUAUUGUAAAAAAAAACAUAGAUUCCAUAAAGUCCUUAUUUCACUAUUUAAUUAUAAAUAAAAACUUGAAGAGUGUAUCUCAAAAACUAUCAUAUAAUAUUAUUUAUCUUAUUAUUUAUCUCACAAUUACAUUUUAAACCAUUUCACAGACAGGGUUACAUUUAUUCUUAUCCAAAUAAUAUACUGAUCUCCACUGAUCUGUUAAGCAUUUUAUAUCACUUUUUGGUAACUAACUUAACUGUAUUCUACAAACCUAUAGUUACAAUUUCCUGUAGCCUAUAAUUAAUAGGCAGGUUAUAUUAGUGUGAUUGUUUGAUACUUUUAUGUUGUUAUUGACAAAAUGCUGUUCCAGAAUUAAUCUGAGUUUGUCUAAUAUGGCUAGAAGAAAAAAUUAGCAUUAGUAUACCACGUUUCAACCUAUGUUCCUAUCACAUUAUCAAAUUGGCCUUCAUAAUUAACUGUAGUUGUAGCGUAUUAUUUAUUAAAAU